CGAGUUUACAGCGUAGGUACGAUUGAACAUUAAAUGUUAUAACGAAGUUGCGGGGUCUCAGUUUUAUAGUAAAGUGUGAAGUGUUAUAUAUGUCACAGCUAAAUUGCCAGGUUGAAAAUAUAUUUUGACAAAAAAGGACUCGUGAAGAAAAUUUUAAACAGCCAAAACGCGUUACUACGGUGAUCGGGAGUACUGCAGCCCUGUCAGACUCGUGAAGUCCUUGAAGUACUCGCGAGCGGAAGGUUGUGUUGGAAAAUCAGUUUUUUUUGCUGCCACAGUGAAUCUGCACCCUUUUCGAUUCGAUUCAACAAGAAAUAGUGCUCUGUAUCGUAGUAAGCCAAAGUGAAAACCGAGACUUUCCUAUCGUGGAAGGAUGUGAUGUCGCGUGUGAAGGUGGAAAGUGGCUUUUCCGAGUGGGAAAAUUUGAGCUAAUGUUUGAUAAAAUGAACCACAUGGAAAAUUUAUAUUUCAUGAAAUACUACUCUGUGCAUCGAUGGUGAAAAAUUACAUACACUAUUAAAAAGUGAUUACUAGAUGAUGAUAUAAAGAAAAAGAAAACUAAUUUUAAAAAUAAUAGUUAUACGUGCAAAAGUAAUCAAACUAAUAAACAUCGUUUUAGAAAUAGGCAUUGGAAUUUUUUUUGGCGAAUUGCCGAAAAUUGUUCAGUCCUUGAUUAUUGCGAAACGCUAUGCCUGCAAGUAAUGGAUCGACACUUCAUUUUUGACAAGCGUCCACCAGAACGAGAUAGCCCGUAAAUUCCCCCAACAGACACGGUUGCCGGCAGGUCAUGGCCACAAACGCAUGAUGUGUGCAACAAUGUCAACACAGCUUCGAAACAACAACAACAACAACAAAACCAACAAUCACCCUUUUUGGGUUACUAAAAACAAGGUUUCAUAUCGAUAUACAACAUCGUCACGCGUUGCUGUAGUCGUGCUUAGCGAGUGCCCAAUAGAACGGAAUAUUGUUACAAGUGCCACCCAUCGACACCCGAACUAUGUUGAAACCAUUAAAAAGCCUGCUCACUUAUCUGCAGAAGAAUGCCAAUAGUUCACCUAUUUUCGGAUUAACCAGCGGAAUGGGUCCCAUCGAGGAGCCGACGUUGGACGCAGACGACAUUAUGACAACGGAGCAGAUAAACUGUGACGAUCCGCUAUACGAUCCACUGGCGUUGGACGAGUGCGAUGUUGAUGUGCUAAACGUGAGCAAUGCCAGCAGUGAUAGGCCAAACAGUGAACUGGACAGUAGUUCCGGCCAGAUAGUGUUAGUGGAUGUGACAAGUCUGAAAAACAGUCCCGCCAACGGGAAUCACGGCGACGAUGCGGAGGACAUCAACUCAAGUCUUGAGAACGCAGUGCAAAAUGGAACGGACGCUGUUGUGGUUAGUGAAAACGGAAAUGAUGAAAGCGGAUUAUCGUUGGAGGAGGAACUUGAAAAUAACGAAACGAAAUCUACCAACCUAGAAGAUGACAGUUUCACGACUGCAUCCUGCGGUGAUACCCCUAAUGAUUCGGUAAGUGCACAGUGUGGUACAGCGACGGGAAAAGUGACCGAAUUCGUGGACACAGUUCAACUCAAUGGAGAAACCGAUCCGUCCGCUGUUCCAGCAGCCGUCGGUGAAGUACAGCAAAACGAGGAGGAAGAAGCCAGCGAUGGCUCGGAUUCCGGACUCGGAUCGGAGCCCUCUAGAAAUGUUUCAAACCUAGAGCAUCCACCGGUGAAGAGUAAUCUCAAAAGACGCUCUGGCGAGGAAACAACCGGAGCAACUAGUGAAAAGCGAUCGAAGAAGGGAAUAUCGUUCGACGGCGUUACGGUGUACUAUUUCACCCGUAUGCAGGGCUUUGGCUGUGUGCCUUCACAGGGUGGAUGUACUCUGGGUAUGGAGCUUCAACAUAUGCACACGAAACGCUUCACCCUUGCUGAGCAUGCCGCUGAGCAGCGAAAAAUGCACCGAGCGCAGCUUCAGGAGCUUAACCCCCGUAGCAGUUCCAGCGAGGAAACGGACAGUGAUGAUGAACCAAGCGAAAGCGGAUCGGAAGCGGAUAGCGAAUCAUAUGGAUUCUUACAACCCGUGACGACACGGCAGCGAAGAGCGUUGCUCAAGGCGGCUGGGGUGCGGAAAAUUGACUCCACCGAAAAGGAUGAAUGCAGAUUGAUUCGAACGUCACGUGAGGUAUGUGGAUGCACUUGUCGGGGCUAUUGCGAUCCGGAUACAUGUGCCUGCAGUCAGGCGGGAAUUAAAUGCCAAGUUGAUCGGCCUAGCUUUCCUUGCGGUUGUACGCAGGAUGGCUGCGCAAACGUAGUAGGUAGAGUGGAAUUUAAUCCAGCCCGUGUACGAACACAUUUCAUUCACACUAUUAUGAGGUUAAAUUUGGAUAACAAAGCUAGCAGCGAAGAACAGAACGGAAUGGGAGUUCAUUCGGCGAGCAGUUACGGUAAUGGAAAAGAUUGGUCUAGUGGGCCAGUACGAUUACCGGGUCUAUAUGGAAUGGCAGGAGUAAAUGGAACCGAUACCGUAGACGGAUAUCAUCACCUGCAUCAACAACAACACCCAUAUACUGCGAAUCACAGUUAUUUAAAUGGGCAUCCAGUUUCCAAUGGACUACCACCUGGCGGUGAAUCCCUGGAUUUGCAUUACGCUUUUCGCGAUUUUUACGGACCAUCGCCGCAGACUAAUGAACAGUUGGCGAUAUCCAACUCGCUAAUGACUUCCUAUUACACGAAUUACCCAACUAAUAUGGACCAAUACCAUCAACCUCAUCAUACUGGUUUAGUCAUGGAUCAAAGACAGGUUGACCAACAUUCCCCAUACCAGAGUCAAAUAGAAUCCACUUCAGCCCCCAGUUCAGUGAUGAUAGACGAAGAAGUCACGUUGAACACUCCAAUCAAUCCCAACUUCAACUGUGAUGAAUCCUCGUCACAAGCCGACACCCAAUCCAGUGCCUCUCAACCAAUUCCUGAAGCUGAUCGGAUUGAUCAAUCAAUCUCCCAAAGAACGUUGACCAGCAGCGAAGAAGUAAACAUUACGAACCAUGACAAUGCAAUCGCACCAGUCCCGGAAAAUGCUGCCAAACCCAUCACAUCUUCCAGUCACCCACCAAGCCCACCCGAUGGUGAUUUCAUCGACCUUAACACACCGCUGGCACCGGGAAGCGAUCGCCUGGAGGCCAUCAAUGAUCUUUUGGAGAGCAGCAGAAAUACAUUGAGCAUCGUCAAGCAGUCAAUUAUUGCUGAAGAAGACGAUGAGCUAGGCGAUUUCCGUGACCCUCCCAUUGCACCUCUGUCUAGCGGCUGUCUGGUGAGAAACGAUAAACCGUUUUGCAUAGAAAUAACCAGUCACGCUAACCCUGCGUCGGAAGGCACACGGGAAAAAUUGGACAACGUGCAGCCGGAGACGGCAAUCGGGAAUAAAUCGUCCGAUGAAGUUUGUCCGAUUAUUGAAACGAGCGAAAACUUAAGCGAAAUUAUCAAAAAUAGUAUUGUUGAAACUGUGUCCAACUAAGAAAGGAUAAAGUGUUGCGAUAGUUGAAUGUUCGUUGAAUUACUCACACUUGUUUUGCUACACUUCCGGUGAGCCAGUUUCACUUUUACUUCAGGGUUAGUUAAUUUCUUUCAUGUUUUUAUUAUAUCCUUAGUUAUGUUUCUUAUAAUUUAUUUCUGUGCCCUUUUCUUCUUUACACUACUGCUAAUAUUUUCUCUUUGAAACCCCCUUAUCAUGGAAAUGCUUCUUUACUGGAGUGAACAUUUUUUUUUUUUUUUUGAGAAUACCAUUAGGAGUAAAACUGCUGAUUGUAGAAAGCCGUGUAAAUGUUACACCAUGCUUGUACCACUUAAAUAAGAACUUAUAACAUAUAGUUAUAACUAAAGACACGAUAGGUAAAUUAAAUUCUGUACUCAAAACUAAAACAUGCGCAAUAAGAGUUAAAUUUUAUCAUAAACAUGGUAGAAUAAUACUAUUCAAAUAAAACUAAUGUGGAGCAGCCGGUGGACGAAUUGUCGAAUCAAUGAAAACAAACAAAAAAUGAAAUGAAAAAUGCCGUUUCUACAAAUGCUGCCGUUGAUUCGAGGAAAAAAAAACUUAAUAGUAGUUGAGAGGCAGAAAUCUAUAGCAUGUAUAUUGAAAAUUGUAAGCUAUACUAUAGAAAAUUGAAUUUGAAUAACAAAAAGAAUUUAGCGCUGUCUACUGUACAUAAGUUUCAUUGUACUAAAUACCAGCUUGGUAAUCUGAAGGAAAUGAGAAAAAAAUCAACGUGUGAAAAACGUGAAACAAAAACUUAUGGUAUCAUUUAUGAAAAUAACAACUGAAUCAUACAUAGUCCACAUU